UCUUGUGAGCCGACAGUUCAGAGUGGUCUUCUCCAUCAUCUGCAUCAUUUUUUUUAUUUCUUUGCUUGUUUAUUUUCUUUCUUUUAUUCUUAAUUCUUUUUCUUUUCUUUUUUUGUACCCAUUAUGAUCAUAUAACCCAACCAAGCAAAUGCGCACCAGAUGCGUCCUGGGUUUAUUGUAUUUUAUAGUUUAGAGAGUUUAGUUUAGAGACGUUUAAAGACGUUUAGACUUCUAAAAAUAAACUGUUGAGCGCGAGGAUGGACGCGAACGGCACUUUAACAGUGCGGAACUUUUCCAAGUUGCGCGCUUUAACGCAGCAACUUAUAAUCAACCACUCCGCGCCGUUCCACGCCAACGGCUCUGGCUCCGGCACCGCGUCGCAGGAGGACCUGGACGUGAACACGGACGUCUACUCCAAGGUUCUGGUGACCGUCAUCUACGUGCUGCUGUUCGCCGUGGGCUGCCUGGGCAAUUCCAUCACGCUGUACACGCUGCUCACCAAGAAGUCCCUGCAGAACCUGCAGAGCACCGUGCACUACCACCUGGCCAGCCUGGCCGUGUCCGACCUGCUGAUCCUGGUGCUCAGCAUGCCGCUCGAGCUCUACAACUUCAUCUGGGUGCACCACCCGUGGGCGUUCGGGGACGCCGUGUGCCGGGGCUACUACUUCCUGCGCGACGGCUGCUCCUACGCCACCGCCUUCAACAUCGCCAGCCUGAGCGCCGAGCGCUACAUGGCCAUCUGCCACCCGUUCAAAGCGAAGAGCGCCAUGUCCCGCAGCCGCACCAAGAAGCUGAUCAGCGGCAUGUGGGCCGCCGCCUUCCUGCUGGCCACCCCCAUGCUCUUCACCAUGGGCCAGCGCACCGUGGACGCGGUGCCCAUCUGCACCACCAUCGUGUCCACCGGCACCGCCAAGACCGUGUUACAGGUGAAUGCGCUUCUGUCCUUCAUCGCUCCCAUGGUGGUGAUAUCAGUGCUGAACGGUAUCAUCGCCAGUCAGCUGCUGCGCAUGUUCCGAGAGGCUGCGCAGGACAACCGCCUCUGUGUUGUCGGGGGCAACGCCACCAUGCUUAACGUUACCGUGGAGCCCAACCGAGCCCAGUCGCUGCGGCACGGUGUUAUGGUGUUGCGCGCUGUGGUUAUUGCCUUUGUGGUCUGCUGGCUGCCCUAUCACGCCCGACGACUGAUGUACUGUUAUGUCACCGAUUGGACAGACGCACUCUACGACUUCUACCACUACUUCUACAUGGUCACCAACGUGCUGUUCUACGUGAGCUCGGCCAUCAACCCAGUCCUCUACAACCUGGUCUCAGCCAACUACCGGCAGAUCUUCUUCUCCACGCUCAGCUACUUCUGCCUGCCCUGCCGCCGCAAGAAGCAAAAGCGCAUGCUCACCAGGCACUCCAUCAGCAUCUGCAGCACCCACACCUUAUCCACCAACGUCAGCAAAGAGACCGUCUACUGACCAGCCUCCAACACACAGCCGCCGUGCCAACAGCAGUCCAUUCACAGUGAGGGAAUGUCAGAGAGUUUUUCUUACAGUAUCAGGAACUGAACUUCUCCCAGCCGGUGUUGUAAACUAGCUAACAGCUAGCUAACAGCAGAGACGACAGAAGGACUAGGUCCGAAAGAAACAACCCAGAUGUAGCGAUAUUCCAUAACUACAUACAUAAUGUGCAAGUGGAUCCAAAUGACAUGGCAAGUAUUUAGUCAAUAGUUAAAAAAAACAACAACAAAAAAAAAUGAUACUCUGUAAAUACUGUAUAUAAAAAAAAUACAUUUUGAAUGUAUGUUCAGAUUUAUAUACCUCUACACAAGAAAUAACUGUUUUACUGUUUAAACACAGAAAGGAAUUAUUAAAAGAUAAAAUACAGUAGGUGUUACUGAUAUAUUUUGUAUAUAUUCUGCUAGAUGACUUUUGGUUAUAUGUUGUCGGUGUCGCACAAAACUAAUCUCAUCACAUCUCCAUUUUAUGCAUUUUUUUUUUUUACGUUUUGUCUUAAUUUAAAUGUUUUAAAUCCUAGCAGGUGUUCUUGUUCUGCAUUGUUUAAAAAAAAUCUGAUAAACAG